AACACUGUCCUUCUACCGUUAUACCUGACAAUUCCGCGCCCCUCCGCCACAGAAACGAAAUGAAAACGCUAGGGGUCCCGCCACCAUCUCCGCCGCUGUUCUCCACCUCGUCUUUUUCCGGCUAUUCCUCCCGCCGUUUUUUCUUGCCGAAACGGGCCAGUUUCAGCUCCUCCAAUUCCCGCCGACUAGCACCUCAGCUGCCGGCGGCUGUACGUGUGGAGGAUGACUUUACCAAGUACUCGGGUUAUGUUUUCGAGCUUAGUCCUGCCGAGGAGGAAACACUUGCAGAGUACAACAUCGCGAAAAUAGCCGCAAUCUAUCAGAAGAAGCCGCUCCUUGUGCUGCGACGCCUCUUCCAAAUAGGCUCCACUCUCGGCAAGUGGUUCGCCCUCAGAUACAUUGACACCGUUAGCGAACGAGCAGACGACAUGUUCAAGAUUAGAGCUGAGCAACUGAGGAAGAUAUUGGUACAGCUUGGCCCGGCAUAUGUUAAAAUUGCACAGGCUGUCUCAUCUCGGGCUGAUUUGAUUCCUCCUUCAUAUUUGGAUGAGCUCUCAUUGUUGCAAGACCAAAUAACUCCAUUUCCCAAUGAAGUUGCUUUUGGUACUAUAGAGCAAGAACUUGGGUUGCCCUUAGAUGUACUAUUUUCAGAGGUUUCACCUGAGCCUGUUGCAGCAGCAUCACUUGGACAGGUCUACCAAGCUAGGCUUCAACGUAGUGGACAAAUAGUUGCUGUCAAAGUGCAAAGGCCAGGAGUUCAAGCUGCAAUCUCCUUGGAUAUAUUGAUUUUAAGGUUUCUAGCAGGCCUAGUAAGGAAAGCAGGCAAAUUCAACACUGAUCUUCAGGCAGUUGUUGAUGAGUGGGCAUCAAGCCUUUUUCGGGAGAUGGAUUAUGAAAGAGAAGCAAGUAAUGCAAUCAAAUUUAGAAAAUUAUAUGGCGGCAUUAAAGAUGUUAUGGUGCCAGAAAUGUAUGUGUCACAAACUACUCGUAAAGUUCUCACCAUGCAAUGGGUGGAGGGUAUAAAGCUGGCUGAAGUAAAGGAUCUUUAUUUAAUUGAGGUUGGGGUGUAUUGCUCAUUCAAUCAACUUUUGGAAUAUGGUUUUUAUCAUGCAGAUCCACAUCCUGGAAAUCUUCUUCGUACAUAUGAUGGAAAACUAGCCUACUUAGACUUUGGUAUGAUGGGUGAGUUUAAAGAAGAAUUUCGUGAUGGUUUCAUUGAAGCAUGUCUCCAUCUUGUAAAUCGUGAUUAUGAUGCACUGGCCAAGGACUUUGUCACUCUUGGGCUUCUUCCACCAACAGCAGACAAGGAUGCCGUUACAAAGGCAUUAACAGGUGUUUUCCAAGAUGUUGUUGCAAGAGGAGUCCAAAAUAUAAGUUUUGGGGAUCUUCUCACAGAUUUAGGAUUCACCAUGUAUAAAUUCAAAUUCCAAAUCCCUUCCUAUUUUUCCCUAGUAAUUCGAAGCCUUGCUGUUUUGGAGGGUAUUGCAAUCAGCUUUGACCCAAAUUACAAAGUUUUAGGUAGUACAUACCCUUGGAUUGCCAGAAAAGUACUUACUGACAGCUCACCAAAACUGAAAUCUACUCUAAAGGCACUUCUUUAUAAGGAUGGCACGUUCAGGAUUGACCGUAUGGAGUCUCUCAUAUCGGAGUCUCUCCGUGCCAGGAUGGAGAGAACCCUGAAGAAAACUGAUGUCAGUGAAACCAGGGUCAUUAUCAAGCAAAUUCUUGCUUUUACAUUGGAUGAAAAGGGUACAUUUGUAAGAGAAGUACUUCUUGAUGAAUUAGCUAAGGGUUUGGAUGCGCUUGGGCUUGCAACUCUUGAGUCUGUAACAACUGCUGUGUCUGCAAACCUGCCCUUCUCUCCUUCCGAUUCAUUUUCUUCAAUGACAGAUGAAGAUAUUAUGAAUCUGAGAAAUUUGCAGCGUCUUGUACUAUUUCUACAAGGACUUGAUAAAAGACCCAGCAUGAAGGCUAAUGGCAUCAACGCACACUCUAACCAGAGGGAACUAUCAAAUGGAGUGCCUUUUGCCCUUAAUCAGUUUGAAUCUGCUCAGGAACUACUGCCACUUCUUUCUGUCAUCCCAGAGCUCCCACAAAAUAUGCAACAAAAGCUGCUGCUUUUACCAGGCGAUCUAGUAGGAAAGCUUGCUUCCCGUGUUGCUGCAAGAACAUUGCGUAGGAUCUUCUUGUGAAGUGUGAGUUGAAGCUAAGAGGCGAAGAUCGAUUAAGCUAAGUGUGGAUACAUGAGAAAUUCUUGGAAUCCUCAGGCCAACUCUCUAUACUCUCCAAGUAUACCAAGCUAAGAAUGCUCAUCACACACUAAAUUUGAUUUUAAUUUAAACGUUAUGUUGUAUUAACAAUAUAUCAUAUUAUUGUGUUUAUAUUUAGUUAGAUAUUUGAUUUA